AUGCGAGGAGUUGCCAGACCAGGUUUGGUCAUCGAUGGAGGAGAUUUAGACAUAACCUUUAUUACGCAGUCACCAACUGGCUAUGCCAUUAUCACAGAUAUUCGAAAAUCAGAAAAUACCCACAGGGUGACAGCAUCAGAAGAUGGUGACUACAAGUUCUGCUUUGACAACACCUUCAGUAGAUUUUCAAUCAAACUUGUAUAUUUCGAGCUCUCGGUAGAGAAUGCAGAUGGGGUCGAUGAUGAUGAUGACGAUGAUGAAGAGUGGAUGAAGUUUGUCAGGGAUGAAGAGACGCUAGGCAUUAGCAUUGAUAACAUGAAGGGUGCUCUUGCAGAAGUCAAGAGCAAUCUAGCAAAGUCCAUACAGUUACAGACUCUACGGAAAGCCCACGAGGCAAAGGAUAGGAACGUGAUGGAGACCAACUACACGCGAGUCAACACCUGGUCAAUUGUCUUCAUCUGUAUCCUGAUAUCGACAGGCAUUGUGCAGGUUGUCAUGAUCAGAGGUUUAUUUGAUGAAAAGAGCAUGGCUCACAAAAUGAUGAAGAAACUCCAAGGCCAGCAGAACCAGUACUAUUAAAGGUUAUGAGAUGGUUGGGAUCCAAGUGCCUUUGCAAGCAGCUGCAUCUUCGGAAGGACGUGUGUGCGUGAGGAACAUGCAUUUUUAUUUUACACGUAAGUGUUGGGGUUGGAACUAGUGCAUAAUAAUAUAGAGAGCAGGUUCAUUGAGAAUUGUAUGAACCUUGAGUACCUCAUCUUAAUUAUUAUAGCCACCGAACAGAGUUACAUGAAGAGACAAGAAUCAACAAGAUGCAAUGGGUUCUGGACACUGAAUCUUAAUUCAAAAUUUAGUACACAAGAUUUUUUCUGAAAUGCAAUAUAUAAUGUUGAAACAUCACUUCUUUUAACAGACCAAAACGGUUUUUAGCAUAGCAUUUACUUUUUGUAACCCACGGGAGGUUCACGAUAGUCAAGGAUGAAUGCACAUAAUUCGGUUCAACCCAGUUAUAUCAACUGGAAUAUAUUAAAGGAGCACAGACAUAUAUUUUUAGAGAUUAAAAAGCAACAAAUAAAUCAAUUUCAAUGUCGACCAGCUGUACGGGUGAAAGUGUAUAAUCGAAAAUAUAUCACUAUUAGUUGUGAUAUAUUUCUGACGUAAUGUUGCUGUGUAUGUGUGUGUCACCCUAUUGUGUAUUAUUGCCCAUGUCUAAUAUUUAUGGGCUUGUUUUUCUUAUCUUCGUGCUUGCAUGAACCCCAUCCUCAUAAUAAAUUGUGAUAAUUGCACAGAACAAAUGUCGCCCUCUUCGAACGAAAUGCUGAUGUGUUAUUGUAGUCAUAAAUUAAACUGUGGCAUUGUACUGAACCUUUAGACGUUUUUGAAGCAUAAGUUCAGAGAUGUAUUAAAGUACAUAUUUUCUUGUAGAUGGCAGCAUUGAGGUUAGGUUAACUCCGUGUUGUUGUCUGCCAACUGCUUACAUAUUUGAGCUUUAGUUUGGCUGAGAGGGUCUAUGUCCCCCAGGGUACUGCCGGAACGUACCCUGGGUAUGGUCCGGUAUACCGGAACGUACCCUGGUACUAUCUAAUCACAGGCCCUUGGCCCAGGGCCUGUGAUCUAAUAUGCCGGACCGUACCUCGCCUACUCCACUAACGAGUCUAGGAAGUCGCCUAUGCCUACUCC